CCAUUUUGAAGCUCUGAAUCUUUACCGUUCCCGAUCAGGAAUGAAAGGGUGCGUAGUUGGCUUUUGCUUUGAUCCUCUUAUAUCACGGAAGCAGGAGUAACCAUGUCAUCACUAUGGACCUCAUAUUAUUUACCGUCAACACAAAUCUCAUCACAACGUUUCUUUCACUGGGAUCACUAUACCUGGUACUCCCUGAUGCAACGAUAUACGGAGGAAUCUCAUUCAUUUUUUCUAAAUCAUAUCUCAUCUCGUUUCUAGUAAUUCUCAACUCCCGAGAAUUCCUUCGAUUCGAGAGAAGGUGGAUUACCACUCACAGCCAAGGCUAUCCUCCAUUCCAGAUUUUUCUGGUCCAAGUAUUACUGAUGCCACAUCGACCGCCGGGGAGCAGUUUGAGCUGUCGUUGAUCGCUGUUGUCGCCAAUAGUUCAGCAUCCAAAGUGACCGUCUUUGGGUAGAAUCCCCUAAAAUCGU